CGUGAAGCAGGCGUCUCAGAACAAAAUCAAGCAUAGUUCAUUCCAGGUCCUGCCAUUAUCUACAAAAAUUGAGUCUAUUUAUUAGCAAAGGCUAAUUAGCAAAUUUUGUCCUUAAUUCGGCUUACGAAAUUAGUAAAAAGAAGCACCCUCAAAUAAAGGAAGAGGAAUCGUCAACCCACACUACUAUCUGCCCACCAUGUGUCCUAAUCUGCUAAUGGAGAGAAGUCUGCUGCCCGACUGUUAUAUCGCCAAUCGGGUGAUCCUCUUCUCAGUACUCCAGACGCUCCAGACGCAGGAGCGUCGCUCCGAGGAUGUGGAUAUCCAGUUGCGCGAUCGAUACGAUGUCUUCCGUCAGGUCCUGCCGAACUAUCCAUUGCCCGAACAGAACAACCAGGAUAUCACAAUAUAUGUGGAGGGGGAUGACGAUAAUCUCACCGUUUCCAUUUCAAUGCCAUCGCCUGAGGGUCAGUCGGGUGAUGAUUCAGAUCCGACCUCCACUCACCAACUGGUGACCAUGUCCGCCUCCGUGCCCAGAAGUGUCCUGAAUGGUAGUUCGGACUGAGACCUUUGGAUGUCUGCGCGUAAUUCCCUUUCGACCGAAUAAAUGCGAAAGUGAAAUUA